CUUCCAUUCUUCCAUUGUUCCUCCCACUCCUCUUCAGCCCCCCUUUUCGUGGCUGUUCUUGCAUGGCCCUGUACUGCCCAGAAUUGAUGUGUCCUUACGUCUAAUGGAGCCGUCAUUGUAACUAUGCGCGUGUUCUGUUGAUCCCAGUUACUGGACAGACCGCACGAGAGCUCCACGGUGGGCGAAAAAGGAAAAAAAGAAAAGCUAAGAACUAGGCUCGCCUCCUUUUCAAUUCGAUGAGUUAGCACUCGGUCCCUGGUAUCCAUUGAUUGUUGAAUCCUCAGAGACGUUCUACGAAGACCGCAAAUCUCCAGCAGCCGAAACCCUGCUCAACCCGUAGUGAGGGGUCUCCCAACUGCGCACGACAGAAGGACCCUCCCUUGGAUUUUUUGGAUGAGCAACUGCUAAGCGUGCUCAAUUAAAGCUUCCCGGCAAUGGUACCUGCAAUCAAUGCGGGCUCAGGCCCUGAACGACCGAACUUGCACGGCUCGCGAAACACAGUUCCGACCAUGUCGUCACGACCUUCGGAGCGCAAUGAGCAUCGGAAACCACAGGUGCCAAAGUCGUUGGCUGGGGGCAAUGCGCAAGACCAAUACAUAAAGGGCCUGGAACGGGAAUUCAAGUUCAAGCAUCUGGGUGUACUUGGUGUGCUUGGGUGGAUAUUGUUCCUGCAUAUUGUCGGAAUAUUCUUCUUCACCAAGGGAUUCUUGUUGACUCGAAUGGUUUUGGAGAACAAGUCAUCCUGCGAAGUACUUCCCUUCGGCGAUGCAUCGAGCGUUGGCAAGAAAGUCGACGGGUGUUGGCAUCAGAAAUCGUUUGACAAGGCCAUUGUGAUUAUAAUUGACGCCCUGCGCUAUGAUUUUGCAGUCCCCUUUGCCCCGACUGCGGAGACUGAUGCGGCACAACUGUUCCAUGAUAAUUUGCCUGUCUUGUAUGAAACAGCCGUGAAUUCUCCCGAAAAUGCCUUUUUGCUUCCUUUCAUUGCGGAUCCACCCACCACUACAUUGCAGCGGCUAAAGGGACUGACAACUGGGACGCUACCUACAUUCAUUGAUGCUGGCUCCAACUUCGCCGGAACGGCAAUUGAUGAGGACAACCUGGUUGCUCAAUUGCGCGCAUCGGGCAAGAAUCUAGUCCAGCUUGGAGACGAUACCUGGCAUGCACUUUUUCCUGACUACUUCGAUCCUGAGCUGACCCGGCCGUUUGAUUCAUUCAAUGUGUGGGACUUGCAUACGGUUGAUAACGGUGUGACCGGCAAUUUGUUCCCACUGCUUCAUCCUGAAAAUUCCACGAAAUGGGAUGUUAUUUUCGGUCACUACCUUGGUGUCGACCACGCUGGCCACCGAUAUGGACCAAACCACCAGGCUAUGGCUGCGAAGCUGAAAGAGAUGGAUCGCAUCAUCCGCGAUCUCAUUGCAAGAUUGGACGACAAGACGCUUCUGGUGGUAAUGGGCGAUCACGGUAUGGACUCCAAGGGUGACCACGGCGGCGAAUCCCAUGACGAAGUGGAGGCCGCUCUGUGGAUGUACUCGAAGAAAGGUAUUUUCGGCCGUACGAGCCCCGAGACGGCCAUGCCUCCCAUGUUAGCUCGGGAUCGCUUUGUCCCUCAGAUCGACCUCGUGCCCACUCUGUCUCUUCUCCUAGGAAUGCCCAUCCCCUUCAAUAAUCUUGGCUCGCCAAUCGAGGAGGCGUUCAUUGGGCCAAAUGGGAAUGACUGGAAGAAUCUUAUGACGGUGAACCGUCUGACAGCCGCUCAAAUCAAGAGAUAUCAGCACGAGUACGCAGCGACGCGAGGUGCAGACGAUGACCUGGAAUCCGAAUCCAUGGAACUUUGGCAGGCGGCAGAAUGUAGCUGGCAAAAGCUCUCUAAGAUUGGCCGAUCCAGUCAGGCGAACUUGCGCUCUGUUUCUGAGUCAUACAAGGAAUACCAGCGUCAUACUCUUCAGGUGUGCCGUGGGUUGUGGGCCAAGUUUGAUGUGCCAAGCAUGCUCCAGGGAGUUGCAGUACUGUUUGCUGGGAUUGUCUUGUUGGUCUUCUACGCGCGAAGCGCCAACAUGGGCCGGGCAGAUCUUACAAGUCCGCUGCUUACUCUUGUUGGGGCAGGCUCUGCCGUGGGAGUCGCAGUUGGUGCCUCACUGUCGUUGGCAGGUAUGGUGGAGAUGGGAGUCGCUGCAGCGUCCACUUUGAUGGCUGCUGUGGGAAGCAUAAUCGGCGCCUCGUGGUCCAUUUUUGUCACUUCAGGUAUCCUAUCCGUGCCGUUGCCCAGGAGUCUGUGGGGCUGGCUGGCGGUUAUCUUCACGGUGACCCAGUCCAUCGGGUUCGCAUCCAACUCCUACACCAUUUGGGAGGACGAGAUUCUCCUAUUCUUCCUUUCCACCUUCGGUGUUCUUGCUGGCGUAUCCUCGAUGCGCCAAAAGUCAACCGCCGACCGUGUACUCGGCGUUUACCACUCCAUCCUCUUUGUCAUCCUUGGGAGGCUUGCAUCCUUCUCCCGCCUGUGCCGCGAGGAGCAGAUGCCUUUCUGCCGUUCUACCUAUUACGCAUCUGCCACGUCUUCAACUUCCGCCCCCUGGCAAAUUGCCAUACCGUUCCUCGUUGCGCUUAUCCUUCCCACUGUUGUCCGGUCGUUUUACGCCGGGUCCAAGUCCUAUGAAGGCGCCGCUACACUCUGGAUUGGAAUGGGUUUCCGAUUGGGGCUAUUCAUAACCUCCGUCUUUUGGGUGCUCGAGGGCGCUGAUGACGGUGAAUGGCUGCCUUUGCGCAAGGAGACCUUGAAGUCGGUGAGGGUAUUCUUGGCUCAGCUGGUGCUGGCUCUCGCUUUCGCUGCUGGCACAACGGCGUUCAUCUAUUCCAAGCCUUGCAUCAGCAUCAAUGUCAGCCAAGGCAACGCGGAACCCGAGGGUAAAGGCAAAUCCUCAGCUCCCGCACAGCCGGCAGGACGUACGACCGUCACGAUUCUGGGAUUUGGCAAUGUGCAUGGAACGCGGUACUUUCUCCUCGUCGUCAAUUUCUGCCUAGGCAUCAUCCUCAUGCAGAAGCCCAUGGGCCAGGGUGCCAUCGGAUUGUUGCUCUGGCAAAUCCUUUCUCUGCUGGAAAUUCUGGAUACGAAUGCGCUGGUGCUUGGCAAUUCCGCCAUUGGACCGGUCGUCCUGGGCCUUCUCGGGUCAUUCUACUACUUCAAAACUGGACAUCAGGCCACCCUGAGUAGCAUUCAAUGGGAGACCGCCUUCAUUCCUCUCUCCUCCGUCCAAUAUCCAUGGUCACCGAUCUUUGUGAUCCUUAACAGCUUUGGCGCGCAAAUCCUUACCGCCAUCGCCGUCCCUCUUACAGUCCUCUGGAAACGACCCCUCCAGCUGAAUGACCAAUCUUCUUCAACGUCGAAAUCGGGCAACCCUUCGAUCAAACUCCUCACCGACGUUGUGCAAGCGGCGUGCACAUACAUCCUCUACUUCGCCACCAUUAACUUGGCUACCACGAUGUGGGCUGGUCAUCUCCGCCGCCAUCUCAUGUUGUUUCGAAUCUUCAGCCCCCGGUUCAUGAUGGGUGCCACUGUGUUGGGGGUCGUGGAUGUCGUUCUGAUAGUGUUCUCUGUGGCCGGGGUGCGGUGGAGUACCCUGAGCGUGGGUGAUAUUUUUGGGUGGUAGUGCCCUAGCUAUCGUCGAUAGUGGACCUUGGCCCCCGCCCACCGGGCCCUUUGCGCCAGACAUUCCCAGCCGGGGACAGGGUUGUCCUCUGCCCGGAACUUGGACUUUGGAAAGGUCCAUGUCAUCCUGACUGAUAUGCCUUCAUACCUUCAUGGCUCGCAUGGGAGAGAGGGUGCGCCGGGCCUGUUAUGAACUCUUUUUUUUCCUCUCUCUUCUUCUUCUUCUUUUACCUUGCAUAUAUAUUCAUACUUCGAGAUAAUACAUAUGGCGAUAUCUGAGCGUACUU